UACCUGCCGCUGCAUGGCGGCUACCAGUACAAGCAGCGCUCGCUUUCCCCCGUGGCCGCCCCGCCACUGCGGGAGCCCCGCGCCCGCCACGCCGCUGCAGCCUUUGCCCUGGAUGCUGCCGCCGCCGCCGCCGUGGGACUGUCCCGGGAGCGGGCUCUGGACUACUAUGGGCUGUACGACGACCGGGGGCGCCCCUAUGGCUACCCAGCCGUGUGCGAGGAGGACCUGAUGCCAGAGGAUGACCAGCGGGCCACGCGCAACCUCUUCAUCGGGAACCUGGACCACAGCGUGUCAGAGGUGGAGCUGCGACGGGCCUUCGAGAAGUACGGCAUCAUUGAGGAGGUGGUCAUCAAGAGACCUGCCCGUGGUCAGGGCGGUGCGUAUGCCUUCCUCAAGUUCCAGAACCUGGACAUGGCUCACAGGGCCAAGGUGGCCAUGUCGGGUCGGGUGAUUGGCCGCAACCCCAUUAAGAUCGGCUAUGGCAAGGCCAACCCCACCACCCGCCUCUGGGUGGGUGGUCUGGGACCCAACACCUCACUGGCGGCUCUGGCCCGGGAGUUUGACCGCUUUGGGAGCAUUAGGACCAUCGAUCACGUCAAAGGAGACAGCUUUGCCUACAUCCAGUACGAGAGCUUGGACGCAGCCCAGGCCGCCUGCGCUAAAAUGAGGGGCUUUCCCUUGGGUGGUCCAGACCGAAGGCUGCGCGUGGAUUUUGCCAAAGCGGAGGAGACUCGGUACCCCCAGCAGUACCAGCCCUCCCCACUCCCUGUGCAUUACGAGCUUCUCCCUGAUGGGUACACCCGGCACCGAAACCUGGAUGCCGACCUGCGGGUGCGGGAUAGGACCCCCCCGCACCUCCUGUACUCGGACAGAGACCGGACCUUUCUGGAAGGGGACUGGGCCAGCCCCGGUAAAAGCUCUGACCGCCGAAACAGCCUGGAGGGCUACAGCCGCUCGGUGCGCAGCCGGAGCGGGGAGCGCUGGGGAGAUGGGGACCGGGGCCUGCCCAAGCCCUGGGAGGAGAGGCGGAAGCGGAGGAGCCUUUCCAGUGACCGCGGGCGGACAACCCACUCCCCUUAUGAGGAACGGAGCAGGACCAAGGGUGGUGGGCAGCAGGCGGAUCGCGGCUCCGACCGCACCCCUGAACGGAGCCGCAAGGAAAAUCACUCCAGCGAAGGGACCAAGGAGUCCAGCAGCAACUCCCUCAGCAACAGCAGGCACGGGGCUGAGGAGCGGAGCCACCACCACCACCACGAGGCGCCAGACCCUUCCCACGGGAAGAAGACACGCGAGGGCGAGCGCAAUCAUCGGACCGCUGAGGCUGAGCCCAAGCCUCUCGAGGAGCCAAAACACGAGACCAAAAAGCUCAAGAACCUUUCAGAGUACGCCCAGACGCUGCAGCUGGGCUGGAACGGGCUUCUAGUGUUGAAAAACAGCUGCUUCCCGACAUCUAUGCACAUCCUAGAGGGGGACCAGGGGGUGAUCAGCGGGCUCCUCAAAGACCACACUUCCGGGAGUAAGUUGACUCAGCUGAAGAUUGCCCAGCGCCUCCGACUGGACCAGCCCAAGCUCGACGAGGUCACGCGGCGCAUCAAGCAGGGAAGCCCCAAUGGCUAUGCAGUGCUGCUGGCCACCCAGGCCACCCCCAGUGGGCCUGGCACCGAGGGGAUGCCCCCAGUGGAGCCAGGCCUACAGAGGCGGCUUCUCAGGAACCUGGUCUCCUACUUGAAACAGAAGCAGGCAGCGGGGGUGAUCAGCCUGCCAGUGGGUGGGGCCAAAGGCAGAGACAGCACGGGCAUGCUGUAUGCCUUCCCACCCUGCGACUUUUCACAGCAGUACCUCCAGUCAGCACUGAGGACACUGGGCAAGCUAGAGGAAGAACACAUGGUGAUAGUUAUAGUAAGAGACACUGCCUAGCCCAGACCUGUCUUCUCCAGCUCCACGUUUGUCACAAAAGCGGUUAUUUUAAAAUCUGGUCCACCGCCUCUAUCCUACCCCCUUGGUUUGAAUUCUCUGCUGGGUUGUUUUGGUUCAUUUGAUGGGGGACCAAAGUCCUGUCCCCCACCAAAACUAAGUUCUUAGGUUUUUGGGAUUUUUUUUUUUUUACAGUGAUGAGAAGGGACUCCUGUCAUGUUGUUUUCGGGAUAUUUUUUACAGCGAUGAGAAGGGACUCCUGUCAUGUUGAUUUCUAGUGUAUGAAAUACUGUCUGCUGUGUUCUGUAUUUUUUUAUUUUUUGACUAACUGUAUGGAAAGUUCGUCAGUAAAGCCUUUGUCAGAGGAUGGAUUUUUAA